UUUUGGGUGACGUGGCGUUCCAAACAAGUGUCCGCAUUGCAUGGAUUGGGAUUGAAGAGGGUAGGUUUUUUGGGUUUUCAAUUCUUAUUCCUUCUGGGCAGUUGGGUUCUCUCUCUCUCUCCCUCUCAAUCUUUUUCCAUCUCUACUGCAACUUCUCAGAAAAACCCACCACCCCUUUUCAAUCCUUUUUGUCUCCCAAAUGUCUACCAGCCUUAUUUAUCAGAAGACUUUGUUUCCUCUCCUCUUCUUUCCAGCCAUGAUCGAUCAAACUAAACUAAGCUUACUUUCACUUUUAAUCCAUUUCUGACUGUAGAAACAUACAUCAUCACAUCUUUUCUUCUUCUUCUUCUUCUUAAGCAAUUAAGAGGGACUCAAGCGAUUUCCUGCAAUUCCCUACUCUCUGAAAUGCUAAGCACCUUAAGCCAUAAACUCCGGCGCCUCUGCUCGAGACUCUACUGGCCAAUACGGAGGAGUCCAAAGACCAAAGUCGUCAUCAGGAGGUUUGGGAAGUCCAACCCGAAACCUCAUCCCAAAGAAGAACCCACCAUGAACAAGUCAGCUAUCCAUCAAAAUGGUCAACUGGGCAUUUCCACUUCUAAACCCAAAAGGCAAAUUCGACUUGCAACUUUCAAUGCGGCCAUGUUCUCCAUGGCUACUGCCGUUCCCCAUUCUGAGAAAUCUGUUUUCUUCGAUUAUAAAGAGCAAGAUUAUCUCAAAAUACGGCGAGCCAUGGAAGUAGAUAUCCGAGCCAAAUCCGUAAAUGAUCGUCCCAAGAGCAUACUGAAGCAAUCUCCUCUGCAUCCCAACAUCCCUAACAGUCCUGACCAUGCUUCCAAGCAACAAAAAUUCGCUAAAUCAAAAUUGAGGGUUUCCAUCAAUCUCCCUGAAAAUGAGAUUUCAUUAGUGCGCAGUAGACAAUCGAGCUUUUCCGAAGAGAAUGGAGAGGGACCAUCUUCGUUGAGCAAGAUUGCAAGCAAAAUCCCAAGAGGCAAAGCUCCUCUGAAGUCCAGUUUGAGUUUCCCCACCAAUCUGACCGUAACUGAUAAGGACGGUGAGACACUGAGAAGCCGUAGAUCCAUUCUGGAAGUCCUGAGGGAAGUGGAUUCAGAUAUAUUAGCUCUGCAAGGCGUCAAAGCAGAGGAAGAGAAAGGCAUGAAACCUCUUUCAGACUUGGCUACUGCCUUGGGCAUGGAAUAUGUAUUCGCAGAGAGCUGGGCUCCUGAGUAUGGGAACGCAAUCCUGUCCAAAUGGCCAAUUAAGAAAUGGCAAACUCAGAAAAUUUUCGAUGACACAGACUUCAGGAACGUGCUGAAGGCAACAAUUGAUGUGCCCCAGGCAGGAGAAAUCAACUUCUAUUGCACUCAUCUAGACCAUUUGGAUGAGAACUGGAGGAUGAAGCAGAUAAAUGCAAUUAUCCAAUCAAAUGAUGAGCCACACAUCUUAGCCGGAGGACUCAAUUCCCUCGAUGAAACAGAUUACUCUGUGGAAAGAUGGUCAGAUAUUGUGAAGUACUAUGAGGAGAUAGGAAAGCCGACACCAAAGGUUGAUGUGAUGAAAUUCUUAAAGGGAAAGCAUUUUGUUGAUUCCAAGGACUUUUCAGGCGAAUGCGAAUCUGUGGUUAUGAUUGCCAAAGGCCAAAAUGUGCAGGGAACGUGCAAGUAUGGGACCAGAGUGGAUUACUUAUUGGCAUCACCAGCCUUACAAUAUAGAUUUGUUCCUGGGUCAUACUCUGUCAUGUCAUCAAAAGGGACAUCUGAUCACCACAUAGUAAAGGUUGAUGUGGUAAGGGUAGACAACACAGCCCAAGAAAAUGUUGCCUUACGGCGUAGAAGAAAACCAAAACAGAAGGUUGUAAAGAUAACAAACUCUUCUUCAUCAAGGGGAAUAAGGAAAACAAAUACUUGAAGGUGCCAUGGCAUUGCUUCUUCUUCCCUUUAUUAUUUUUAUUUACACAUUUUUGGUGUUCUUUUCUCGAGGGCAGGGACGUUAGAGAGAUAAUUUAAAUUGCUUCAUCCUCCUGAGAGAAAGAUACCUUAUGUAAAUAAUUCUUUAUAUCAGAAAUGAGAUUGGAAA